AUGAACCCACCCAGUCCAGCGCCCGGCUCGGCCACCGAUCGCUUCAUGUUUGGCGACUCCGUUGUCUUUCUGAAUCUGCGUGGCGAUCGCUUCCGGAUAUCUUCCAGGCUGAUCUGCCUGUUUCCCGAUAGCCUACUCACGUCGCUCUUCCCCUCGGGCUACAUUCCCUUCUGCUCCAUCACGCCGGCCUCGCCAACUACCACGAGCAAUCCUCAGGAGCGGCCUCCUGCGACCAACACUCCUCCUGGCCUCUUUCUUGAUGAUCCAAGCACCCUUCAGGUCGCUGCCCUGCCGACGCCAGCUCCAUCCGGCGCCGAGUCUCCGUCGUCUUCCAAGUCGCCUUCGCCGGGAGGCCUCUCCUCCGAUGAGAACGCCGCAAGGUCGUCCAUAUCCCGCUCCGCCGCGCUCCGCUGGCGCCAACACUACCCCGACAACGAGUCUGUCCUGGAGUAUUCCGAAAGCGAAGCCGACUCGGAUCUGUCGGCAAGCUCCGAGCCAAGUCAGGCCUGCACCCCAGCCCCCGACGAGCACGAACGUGAGUCCUUCCGCAACCCGGAGGAGGAGCUGCUCGAGGGCGCCUUUUCGGACCUCCAUGAGGCGCGAAUCGUCAACUCCGACCUCGACCCGACCCUGUUUCGGUACAUUGCCUAUGGUCUUCGCCAGGUCAUUGCCGCGAACGAAGAAAUCAAGAAGGCCCUGGAGGAGGAGCACAAGAAGGCCCUUGACAUGGUGCGUCGCAGCUUGACGACCCGCUCCGGACGCCGUCGUUCUGCCGGUGGAUCGCGCACGGCCUCCAGACGAUCCUCUCGGGCCGGGAUCAACACCGCCCCGCCUUCCACCAGCGCUGCUCCGGUUGUUGAUGAUGCCCACGAGCAGCCUCCCAAGGAGGGCCCCGUGCAGCCUGAUGAACUUGCAGCGGCCUUAAGCGCCGGGAACGGCCCCUCCCUGGAGCCGGCUACUGCCGAGUCCAUUCGAAGCAGCUCAAUCCUCACCGAAGCAGCCCAGACUGCACAGGCAGAUCCAAGCGCAUGCAUGCUGCCCCAAGAAAACCCGCCAUCCGCUGACGAGGCCCCUCAAAUCCGCAACUCAACGAUGGAGCGCUUUCCAGCCGAGCCAGCGGCUGCGCCGAAACGGUCGGACCUGGUGACUCAGUUUGGAAUCACCCGGCGUAUUUCGGCUGCCAAAAGUGCGAUCGUAUCGUACAUCUCCCAACGGUUCCCACAUGCGUACACGAUCUCUGAUCUCAGCGCAAAUGAAAUCACACCCGUGUCCGUGGUUGGGCCGUCUAUUGCUGAUGUGCCGGCCACAACCACAAGCGUCCUCACUGGAGCCAUCCACGCCGAGCCCGCUGCUCUCCCGCCGCCCAGGCCGCUUGAGAGCAUGGUCGAGAUAGCGCCCACUCGCCCGCCACACCCGAUCCAGUAUCUCCUGGUCCUGCGCGAGGACAUUGAGUUCUACGCGAUCCCCAAGAACGCGCAAGACUACCUGCCACGACAGAGUACCGAGUCCGACCAGCCUCGCUCCGCGCAACGUCGCAAGAGUCGCCGCAAUUCGCUUCCAGAGCAUGGUCUGUCCAGCAUUUUCUCGACUCUUGGCAAGCAGAGCAGCAAAGGCAAGGCAAAGUCGCUGCCCGAGACUCACGACCACAGCAUCGAAAAGCUGCAGCGUCAUUUGAUCAAGAACGAGUGCUUCAAGAUCCUGAAGAGCCGCAAGGUCAUCUUCCCGUCGCCGCUCGAUAGCUCUAAGGACGGGUGCAGAGAGUCCCCAAGGCCCCCGAGCGCCGAUUUUGAGCCACAUUCUCUCGACGAUGGCCGUUCAUGCGAGCCCAUGCUGCUGCCGCCUCGCUCGCUGAGCCUCCAGGCUCCCGGGCCGCUACAGUCUGCCGAGCUUGAGCCUCAGUGCUCUCAAACCCCCACACCGAGCACUCAAACGCCAAACUCACCGCGCUGGGAUGGUACCUCGGAAGCAGAGGCCCGGACUUGUGAGCAUAACAGACAGCUCCUCGAUAUCGAAAAGAUCCUCAAGUGCCACGCAUACUGUGACAGCAGCGCCGUGUGGCCCUAUCGCGAGUCUCUCAGGUCCGACUCGUACCAGCUGGUCAGCAUUGCCAUUCUCAACAUGAAAGAGAAACGAGAUCCCAGCGUGCCCGAGUGCAUCAGCAGCUCGAUCCCGGAGCACGAGCAUGAGCACGAGCAUGGGCGCCCGCACGAACGCGAGCCGAUGCGAACAACAUCGCUUUCGAGGUCCAAGGUGUCCUUUGGCGCCUGCGACUCAUCUGCGUGUGCUCAGAAACCGGACAGCAGCGCACUCGGCAGCGACCCGGCUGCCGGCGCUGCCUCUCAAAAGGGCACCAAGGCCUCAGACAAUCCCGGAGGACUCGCCUCCAGCAUUCUGGUUCAGGCUCAAGAGGGUUCGAUCGUACCCAAUACGUCCGGAUUCGAAUAUUGCAUGAAAGGAAGGCAGCCCUUCCGCAAGUCAUGGUGGGAUGUGGAGCACGUUCAGAUUCGCUUGCCGCCGCCGUCCUUUGGCCCGCUCGACCACAAAGCCGUUGCUGAGCCCGCUGGCGAUCUACAUGACGGCGCAACAGGGUCGAGCUGCUCAGUCAAGGGCCACCGAGACGAGCCGGGACACACGUCCAAGGAACUCCUCGACCAGGUUCAGGCCAUGCUGUCUGAAGCAGCCCAGGAGGCACCAGCGGCGAAGGAUCUGAGACGAGCCGGCAGCUCCAAGAGCUCGACGCAUCGAACUCAGAGAUCCGAGGAGCACGCUGCCAUUGGCGAGCAGCCGGACCAGAGCACGGGGCAGAAACCGCGGGCUGUUAUGCGCCGAUCAACGCUCUUUGGUCGGCCAUCGGAAAUACCCACGACGCACCCGGAAUCGCUCACUGAGCCCGUUGUGGACGUCAAGCUGUGGACACACAGAACGUGGUCGUUCGAGUUUGUUGCUGUCUGA